AUGGAUGGUGAACCAGUUGGUGCCGACGAAAUGGAUGGUGAACCAGUUGGUGCCGACGAAAUGGAUGGUGAAGAUGUUUCUGAUGGCACCUCUGGCUGUUUAGUUGUACUAGCGGUUGGACUAGCAGAAUCGGAGGGUGGUACUGCUGUUGCACUGGCGGAAUCGCUAACCGUUGGGGUUGGUGAUGGCGAUAUAGUUGUGUGCACUGGUGAGGACGUUGGCGACGGCGCCGACGAUAGCGACGGCUCUACGUACGACGGUGAGGCACUCGCUGACUCCGAUGGUGAUGGGGAAACAGCAGUCGGACUUGCGGAAUCCGAAGGGUAUGACAUUGGUGAUGGCGUCGCAGAGGGCGAUGCUACCGGCGUAGGUGUCCCAACCGGCGUGGGUGUCACAUCUGACACAGAAACACCACCAGGCGUGCGUGGCCCAUCUAUUCUGGCACUGAUGAUUUGUCCGCCGCCUGAGUUGAAAUGGAUCGAAAAAGCAGGAAUGUCAAAACAUAACAAAUGCCAACAAGAU